AUGCCGGGCCGGGGGGAGCCGUCGGGGGGCCGGGCGGUGGCGGCGGUGCCGGUUCCCGUUGCGGUCCCGGUGGCGGCGGCCCCGAGCCCGGCGGCGAUGCGCAGCGCCCUCCCCGAGCGGGCGGCGCGGCCGAGCCAAGGGGGGCUUCGGGCCAAGGGUUUCGCCAUCACCGACCUGCUGGGGCUGGAGGCCGAGCUGCAGCCGCCCCCCGGGGCCGCCCCCGGGCCCGCAGGAGGCUACGAGGGCGGCGGGGCGCUGGGUUUGGGGUUGGGGUUGCUGUGUGGCUUGGCCGGGCCGGGAGCCCCCUGCUUGCUGCCCGCCCCCCUGCCGCUGCUCCCGGCUCGAGGACCCCGACCGGGUCCCCCCGGGCCACCUCCAGCCCCCCGUCGCCACAAGGAGAGCGUGUCCGAUGAGGACAGCCUGUCCGGGGAUGCCAGCGACCUGAAGAUGCCGGCCUCGCAGAUCAAGAGGAAGAAGAGGCGGCACAGGACGGUGUUCACAGCCCACCAGCUGGAGGAGCUGGAAAAGGCUUUCAACGAAGCUCACUACCCCGACGUCUACGCCAGGGAGAUGCUGGCGGUGAAGACGGAGCUGCCGGAGGACAGGAUACAGGUUUGGUUUCAGAACCGAAGAGCCAAGUGGCGGAAGAGGGAGAAGUGCUGGGGCCGGAGCAGCGUGAUGGCCGAGUACGGGCUGUACGGCGCCAUGGUGCGGCACUCCAUCCCGCUGCCCGAGUCCAUCAUCAACUCCGCCAAGAGCGGGCUGGUGGGGUCCUGUGCCCCCUGGCUGCUGGGCAUGCACAAAAAGUCGAUGGAGGUGAGCAGGAAGGCAGAGAGCCAAGAGAAGCUGGCAGAUGGCUGGCGAGCGGAGCCGGAUGAGGAGGAACUCCAAGGGAAGCAGGCCAGUUCCCAGAGGAGCUCUGACAAACUUAGCCCCAUGAAAAACCCUGAGGACACAGCCAUUGACCUCUCCAGGACAGCCAAGCACGAGAAGAGGAGCAUACCGAGGCAGUGCAUCAACGGGGACCCUGCCACGGAGCAGAAGGACAAGGACCACUGAGCUUGGGCUGCCCCGCAGGAGGCCAGACCUCACAGCUUCCUGGGGAGAUAAGAAUAUUUAUUAACACAUAUAUAUAUAUUUUUCUGAAGUCAUUGAACUUUGAGAUGGUGCAGGAGCUUACAAACGCCUCCUCUGAGCACUGCCGCCCCUGCACAGCACCCGUGUGGCAAGUCCCUCUGCUUCAAGCACACAAUUCUCCCACCUCAACCAGCAGCGGGGUUUUUAAACAUGGUAGGGUCCCUCCUCAAGCUGGUGUAACCUGACAGGCCUGCCAGUUUAUACCUCCUGAGGAUCCGGCCUGCCAACGCAGCCUUACCACUGGAUUUACACUGUGUAGCUUCCCUAACUCACGUCUGGGAGAAGGGGGGAAAGACGUUUUUGUUAUGCAACAAUUUUGUACACUCUUGAAUGUGACCUGCCAUGCUAUGCAUACUAGAACAGACCUUUUUUGAAAAGCAAGCCAUAGUACCCUGGAACAAUUAAACAGUUUUGUGAACUGACAUAAGAAAAUAUUUUGUAAUUAUCUGUAAAUAGUGUAAUGUGAGAGGCGUUUCUUGGUUGUCCUAUAUUUAUGUCCAAAAGCACUUUAGUGAUCUGGAUUUUGGAAUGUGGCUGUCCCCGUUUUGUCCAUUUAUUUAUUACGCAUCCGUAAGUAAAAUUGUGGUGUAUCUUUGGUUUUCACGCUCUGCAUCGUGAUUUCUUUUAUUUUACUUUGGCAGGUGUUGUGGUAGUUGCUAGCUUAGAGAAGAUCCUGGACAGACCCGUGCCUAAACAGGGUUUGAGCGCUGUGUACUCACACAGGGGAGCAGAGUGAAGCCCUCGUGUGUCUCUCCAGAGCUGAGGCCCAGUUCAGCGGCCUCCACAUGCCCAAAGGCGAUUGAU